CUUUUUGUUUGCGUGAAUUCGAGGAAGCGAAAAAUAUUUUCGAUUGUCGCUGCAACUUUUUCUUUUCCGGAAAACACAAAAGAACCAUUCCGACGUUCCGUAAUCAAUUCUUGUGAAAAAAAGCGAAACAAAAAUGACUCCCGAUCUGAAUCUCGUCGACGGGGAGGGUGCCGGCCAGCAGCAGCAGUUUUCCGCCCACAAUCCGAUCGAGCAGUACGUUCUGCUAUCGAAGAGUGCCAAGGGGCUGGCCUGUCUGGAGCUGAUCAAACAGGUCCUGGAGGCGCCGGGAGUUCACGUGUUCGGGGAGCUGCUGGCCAUGCCGAACAUUGCCGAGCUUCAGACUGGUCCGAAUGCCGGAUAUUACAACACGCUCAAUCUGUUUGCGUACGGAACGUACCGGCAGUAUCUGGAGAACCAGGCCCAGCUGAUUCCGCUGACGCCGGUGAUGCGCAAGAAGCUGCAGCACCUGACCAUUGUUUCGUUGGCCAUCAAAACCAAGUGCAUUCCGUACAAGGAACUGCUGCACGAGAUGGACAUUAAGAACGUGCGCGACCUGGAGGAUCUGAUCAUCGAGGCCAUCUACGCGGACAUUAUCCACGGCAAGCUGGACCAGAAGAACAAGCAGCUGGAGGUGGACUACGCGAUUGGGCGCGACAUCCGGAAAGGGAACGUCAGCGAGAUUGUAGAAACGCUGCAGGAGUGGUGCGACUCGUGCGAGACGAUUCUGGCCUGUCUGGAGAACCAGAUUCAUCGGGCCAACACCGAGAAGCAGAAGCGGCUGAAGCACAAGGAGUGCAUCGAGACUGAGAUCGCCAACCUGAAAAAGCUGAUCAAGGUGCAGGCCGGCAACGAUUCGGACGAGGCGAUGGCCACCGACUCGGGCCGCGAGAUGUCCGCCGGCGGCAAUCCGGAGAUCCGCAAGAAGCCGACCAAGUCGAAAAGCUUGAAAGCUAGCGGUUCGGCCGGAAUGGUCUCCAGAAAGAUGCCCUGAAAAAGAAAGAGCGAAUUUAGUUCGCUGGCGAUCCCCGUUUAUUUUUAUUCUUUGGUUAAAUCAUUAGCCACUUACUUUGCACUGUGAAUAAACUUUUUUAUGUGAUUUG